UCUCGGACUCCCGCGCACACUGAAGAUGGCGGCAGCUGUGGGCAGGUUGCUCCGGGGCUCGGUUGCUCGACACGUGAAUGCCAUCUCUGGGGGCAUUUCUGCUCCUACCACCCUUAGGCCUGCUGCUUGUGGAAGGACACACUUGAUGAAUAUAUUGUGGUCUGGUUCUAGUCCAGCCUUUAGCACCAGUUCCUCAUACCGUGCACCUGCUGUCACCCAGCAUGCACCCUAUUUUAAGGGUACAGCCGUAGUCAAUGGGGAGUUCAAAGACCUAAGCCUUGAUGACUUCAAAGGAAAAUAUUUGGUGCUUUUCUUCUAUCCUUUGGAUUUCACCUUUAGAGGUCUCUUCAUAAUUGACCCCAAUGGAGUCAUCAAGCAUUUGAGUGUCAACGAUCUCCCAGUGGGCCGAAGUGUGGAAGAGACCCUCCGUUUGGUGAAGGCGUUUCAGUUUGUAGAAGCCCAUGGUGAAGUCUGCCCAGCAAACUGGACACCGGAUUCUCCUACAAUCAAACCAAAUCCGACUGCUUCCAAAGAGUACUUUGAGAAGGUAAACCAGUAGAUCGUACCUUCUCAUGCAAGAGAAGAAGCACAGUUGGAACUCGCUUUUAGCAUUUCAGAGAUGAACCAAUUAUGCUUGUAUUCAUAAAUAUUUCCCUAAAUAUGUUGUUUUUG